AUGCGUCAAAAACGUAUGAAAUCAUACCGCAAGCAGAUGCAGUAUCUGCAAGUCAACUUCAAGUUCAGAGAACCUUACCAAAUCCUGUUGGACGAUCAGAUUAUCCUCGAAUCUGUAAAGAAUAAACAAGACCUAGUCAAGGCCCUUGAACGUGCAGCCCAAGGAAAGAUCAAGCCUAUGGUUACUCAAUGUACAAUGGAAGCUUUAUACAAGACCCAAAACCAAGAAGCCAUUGAGCUUGCCAAAUCAUUUGAACGCAGAAAAUGUGGACACUUCCCUCCAUCAAGUUUAUCAGAAGCCAGCAAAAAGAAAAAGUUUGACGAUGAUGGCAAGGUAAUUGGUGCGAAAGAAAAGCCUGAAGAGACCAAAGACGAGGAAGCUAAGACAAACAAUGAAACUAAACCUAACAAAAAGGGCAAGAAGGACAAGAAGAAAGAUGAUAAAGAUAUGCCUGACCCAAAUGCAACUAAAACACCAAGUGCAUGUUUGUGGACAGUUGUUGCAGUUGAUAAAACUUUUAAUAAACAUAGAUACCUGGUUGGGUCUCAAGAUUUCCGACUACGAGCCCGAUUGCGAGUAAUCCCCGCAGUUCCUCUUUUAUACAUUAACCGCGCCGUCAUGGUCAUGGAACCCAUGUCUGAAGCAACAACUAAGAUGCGGGAAGCUAUUGAAAACGCAAAGCUGACUGGUGGUCUGAACAAGUUGCCAGCAGGUAUUGCGCCUCUUCCCCAAAAACGUAAGGCUGGAGAAGGAGAUGAUGAAAGUGAAGAAAAGGACGGGGAUGGUUCUACAGCAGCUGAAGAGCCGGCCAAGAAGAAGAAAAAGGGGCCCAAGGGACCGCAUCCAUUGAGUGUUCUUAAGAAGAAAAAGAAACCGACAGUGAAGCACGAGCCUGAACCUGAGUCUGAGCCGAAGAAGGAAGAAACAGAAGGGGAAGGUGAAAAGAAAAAGAGAAGAAGAAAGCAUCAUGGUGGUAGCAAAAAGGAAAAUGGUGAGGAGCAAUCAAAAAAGAUAGAAGACGAUGCUACUACAGAACCAAACUGA